GGGUCCAUUUCCGGGCUCCGGCUAUUUGGCAUCGCUCGUGGUCGGGGGCGCGGAGCAGGUGGCUGCGGCGGGGCAGCUGUGCCCGCGAGCCUGGUGUGCUGGGCCAAGUCCCGCCGCCUUCGUCGCCAGCCCUCGCCGGGCCGGCCCCCUCCCGCUGCCGGCCGGACUCGGCGCCGCGUCGGGCGCUGCCGCUGCGCCCCGGAGCCCGCUCUCUGCGGGCGCGGCCAGGGAAGCGGCGGCGAGGGGCGACCGCGACCCCGGCCCAAUAUGGCUGAAGUCAGUAUCGACCAGUCCAAGCUGCCGGGAGUCAAGGAAGUCUGCCGAGAUUUUGCUGUGCUGGAGGACCACACCUUGGCCCACAACCUGCAGGAACAGGAGAUCGAGCAUCAUUUGGCAUCAAACAUUCAGCGGAACCGUUUGGUCCAGCAUGAUCUCCGAGUGGCUAAGCAGCUCCAAGAGGAAGAUCUGAAAGCUCAGGCUCAGCUCCAGAAACGCUACAAAGACCGUGAACAGCAAGACUGUGAAAUUGCUCAGGAAAUUCAGGAGAAGCUGGCUAUUGAGGCGGAGAGACAGCGCAUUCAGGAGAAGAAGGAUGAGGACAUAGCUCGCUUAUUGCAAGAAAAAGAGUUACUAGAAGAGAAGAAGCGAAAGAAGCAUGUUCUAGACUUGUCUGGAGCCAAGGCUUAUGGAGAAAAUUACUCCUACGAAGAUGGAGACCACCCCAGGUCAAGGAGGGCCAGGGAAUUGGGGUCUGGAUUCUCAGAGUCUCCCAGACUCCCAGGUGACGGAAAGACUGUGAAGCGGGGAAAGGAGAAACCAACACAUGUGCUGGAGGACGCGGAAGACCUGGGAGAACCCUGUUCAUCCAGGAGGCCUUUGUCAUCUUCUAACUGGAGCAGAGGGAGGGGUGAGCCUCAGAGUAACAGGGAGCAGCAUGAAAAGAAAGGGUCUGGGCAGGACAGGCUCCAGAGAUCUCCACUUCCCAAGAUCAGUGGUGAGGUGUUUCUGAGCACUGAAUCUGAUGACUGGGAGGCUAAGCGUAGCCAUCGAACUCGGAGUUGGGAAAAACAUUCUCAGCACAAAGACCGAAUUUCACCCAACUCCUCACAGAAAGCCGGGCCUCGCUGCAAAGAAGAUGUUUAUGGGAAGGACCAUGGGCAAGGUGAGCUCAGAGAAAGGAGACACAGACCCCGGUCUCCUCCCUUCUCAGAGAGUGAAGAGCAAGUCCACCUUCAGAACACAGGAACAAAGACAAGAGUGGUGAAAGAAGCUAUUUCUAUCCCAUCACGAGUGGCCCAUAGGGAUCAGGAAUGGUAUGAUGCUGAAAUUGCCAGAAAGCUUCAAGAAGAGGAACUUUUGGCUACCCAGGUGGACCUGAGAGCAGCUCAAGUAGCCCAGGAUGAGGAAAUUGCUCGACUUCUAAUGGCUGAAGAAAAGAAAGCUUACAAGAAAGCCAAGGAGAGGGAGAAAUCAUCUUUGGACAAAAGAAAGCAUGACCCUGAGUGGAAGCCCAAAACAGCUAAAUCAGCACACUCAAAGUCAAAAGAGAGUGAUGACCCUCACCGUUCUAAGAGUGACAGGCCAGCACGGCCACCACCACCUACCAUGACAGAUGCUGAGGAUUUUGAUUACGCUCAUUUUACAAACCAGCAGAGUUCCACACGUCAUUUCUCAAAAUCAGAGUCCUCUCACAAAGGUUUUCAUUAUAAGCAGUAAAAACCUAAGAAUCUGCUUCAAAAACGGACUCACUAUAGCAAAUAUUACUGGAUGAUACAGAAUUCAUUUCACAACUUAUUUUUUCUUCCCAUAUUUUUGCAUUCCUGGGAUUUAUCCUCAAUCGUGAAUAUUUUUGACCAUGAAUAUUUUUAAUUCAUUUUAUAUUUUGAUUAUUUGUGAUCAAUUGGGUAGUAUAAGAAAGUGUUGCUUCUGAAUAUUGGCGGUUUCUGUGCUAUGUGUACUUCCUGGGACGUAGUGUCUAAGAGCUCUGUCAAAUGCCAUCUUGUGAGGUAUGGAGUACUGGUAACUAGGGACUAGUCUUUAUUUAGCAAUUUGAAUUUUAUGGAGAUGAAUGUUCACAGUAAAAAUAAUGUUUGGAUGCAAUGCAGAAUAAAGGAAUAUAAGAAAUAGCUUUUUGGUGCAUUAGUGUAUGAUAUUUUCUGAAGGAUAGAGCCUUGGCUUUUUGUACUCUUCAGGAAAAGAAAAAAAAUACAAGUAUUUAAAAAGAAACACUUGGAACAAUUGAAAUAUGUUAUUCUGAUUGCAUGGACUAUAAGAUUUUGUGUAUCCUUCUAAGCCUUCUACAGAAAUGGCCCAGAGAGCAUUAUUGAACACUUGCCCUUCUUUUGCUUCCUCAGUAGCAAGGGCAGUGGACCAUUUAUUAGUAUUAAUUGGCAAAAAUGUAAUUCUUUGACAUUUUAACUCAGAUCUAUGCAAAGUCAACUGAAAGUGAAAACUUUAUAUCUCUUCUCUUUUUUUACAUUUACUUGUAGAGCCAAGGGAAAUGGAAUUGAAGACAGUUACAUAAAUACUGAUGCCGUCUCUCUGGAAGUAGACUGAAGUUUUUCUCUUGCCUAACGUCAUAGCAGUACUUGUUGGCAGCUUCUCAAUAAUGUCUUGUUUAACCUGCUGGUAAUUAGAUUAAUUCAACACAAAGUUGAAUUUGAUGAACCGGUUCUUUAUUCAAAUAUUUGGUUUUAUACAUUUGUUAAUGGAGAUUGUAUUCGUUUGUGUAAGACCUUUAAACUUAUCUUUAAGAAAUUUAGAGUCUUUGUAUAUAGCUGCUAACCUCAUGGAAAUGUUUAUUUUUCCAUGCUUUUUAGUUAACAUAAAUGGCAGUCAAAGUAUACAAACACACACAUGCAUACCAUUAUAUAUAUGUGUGUGUGUGUGUGUGUGUAUGUAUAUACAUAUUGUACACACAUCUGCAUAUACGUACUAUAUCUCUUCAGCUUGAUUUUCUGUUAUUUUUCAUUAUAAGACUCUGACAUAGUUGGCAUUUCAAGAUGGCUUUUAGGAAAGAAUUACAUAGGUCACUAGAGAAAAAGUUAUUAAUUUUUUUCCCUCCAUUGGGAAUUGCCUUAUCUUUUCACAUAGUCUGUAAAGUUGGGCAAUAUUCAGGAAGCUAUUUACAACAGUUUCUCAGAGUGGAUUUAGAUCAUUGUUUGGGGAAAGAUUUUUAGUUUCAUAAAGUUUUUGGAUUGCAGGAACUUGAGUAAGAGGGAUUUAAGAGUUAAGUUCAGGGCACAUGAUAAUCUAGAAAGAUAAUCUCUAUUCCUUAGGGAUAUAGUCAUUUUGGAGAAAUGGAAAAGAAAAAUAACAGGAUUUUAUAUAACUGUGAUGAAAUGAAUAAAAGAAAGUCUUGGUCUAUUUAGAGAAUGGGAGACAAAGUGGAGGUCCUGGCCUUAAGUUAAAUUCCAGAUAGUGCUUUUGAUAGUCAAAGCUUAGGCCUUACUGAAUUAUAGCAAUGCUGUAUUUUUCUUUAGCUACCCUAUGAUUUGUUCUUAAAAGGGUUUUUUUAGUGGUAUCUUUAAAGAAGAAACACAUGUAUGUUUAUUUGAUAAUUAGGAAAAUGGGCAACACCAUUUGCCAUAUUUUUAUUUUAUAAAUGUUUAUUUUUCUAUCUCAUACAAUGAUCAGUUUUACUUUAAAAAUUAUGUAUUUCUUCUGCUUCUCAUGUACUUCAUCCAAUCAUAUUUAUUAUAAAAUGUUAACUGAGAUAUUUCAUUCAAAAAAAGUGUCAACCCACUUAAUACAUAACCAGAAUGUUAAUGUUUCACCUGUCGUAGUGACCAAAGGUGUUACUUCCCUUGUGAUAUCCAAUCAACAUCUGUAUUACAUAUUUGUUACUUUUUUUAGGUUUUUUAAAAAUAAGAAUUUUAAAAUAUCGUAUCUUUAUUUUUUUGUAAAGCAAGCAUUUUUUAAGAGUAUCAGAGUAAUUAUUACCUUACGAAUAAGGAAAUAGAAAUCACACUCAAUCACUUCAGUCCUCUUGUUUUUUGUCAUUCCAAAAGUGUGAUAAUUAUCUUUGUGACUGUAGUAGCAACUAAUGACUGCAUUUUAAUGAACUGCCAGAUACUCUUCACUGCGUUCUCUGUUCCUUGUCAUUUUUAUAUGAAUGUGGAAGCAUUUGUUUUGCUGUAUUCCUGCUUCUAGAACAUGGUGCAGUUUAAUUUUUAGGCCCACACAUAUUAUGUUUUAAUGUGACCAUGUAAACUAACACUUCUGGCCUCAGAAAACCUUUCUGUUUCUAUAUCUGUUCUUUGGAUACCAGGCGCCAUUAACACCAGUAUCGUUGAAUAAGCACAAGAUGUUAUGGAGCCUUAUCAUUAUGAGGCUAUCUGCCAUGUACACUCCCGUCCCCUUACUUAACUCUUUGUAAAUCCUUGUCUGGGCGUGAGGUUAGAUAGAAUCAGAUUAAAUGUUAUGACUUGGAAAAGAUUUUGACUCUACUGUUGAAAAUCUUAGACAAGAUUUUGUUGUAGGACUGGCCAGUUACUUCAUAUGCUUUUAAAAGAACAUCGAGAUUUUGCGUACUAUUGAAUUACCUGUGACUUUGCUUACUACUGAAUUACCAUUUCUCAAGUGACUUUACAGUAACCAGCAACAUACUAAUGAACUGUAAAAGAAAAACUAUACGGUUUUUGAUCAUAGAGAAACAUCUAAAUGAGAAAACAAGAUAGGGAUAGAUGGUCUCAGGUGGAAAACCUUUUUAGAAUGGCAAUGGCCAUUCCAAAAUGUGUGAGCUUGGGCCUUAUGUUUAUAGAACACUCUCCACAAAAUUCUGAACCCAACCCAUUUCCCCUUCUCUGCUUCGGUGUGAAGCUGAACUGGACAGGUGAAUAAAUUCAUUGCUGACUGUUGUCCAUCUCA